GAAACUCCUUCUGGUAGACCGCCUGGGCGGGAGCCCUAAGUGAGGGGCCAUACGCAGCCAGCCAACCUCUGACCCCAGCCUGAGGGAUCAUGCCCCCUCAAGCCAUGCUGGCUGCCGCCUUCGCCUGGUGGGAGAGGACCUGAAAGGCCAAAAUGUAAGUGUGGCCCAUUUCUAGCCACUGAAGGAUAAAAGUGGGACACUUCUCCAAGAGCCUCUGUCCUUCCAUCUCCCUCUUCUCCCCGAGCCCUCAGACUAGGGAGACAGGCUGGAGAAAGACACCAGCCUUGGAUGUCCAGUGGCAGCUGCUCGGGUCUACCAUGGCAUAUGGAUUUGACCCCCUGGCCCUGGACUCUCUGAGCUCCCCCUCCCAGAGCCUGAGCAGUGACACCAGCUCAGUAGCACGGUACCUGCUGAGGAAGCAGCAGCGACUCCUCAAUGGCCCCUCCAGGGGACUCCGGGCAGCCUCCCCCAUGGGAAGAGUCAUUCUCAUCAAUUCUCCCAUUGAAGCCAACAGCGAUGAGAGCGACAUCAUCAAUGCCAUCACCGUGGACAAGAGCCCCACGGGGAAGCUGGGUUUCAGUGUGCGUGGGGGCUCAGAACAUGGCCUGGGCAUCUUUGUCAGCAAAGUGGAGGAGGGGAGCAGUGCCGAGCUGGCUGGCCUGUGCGUCGGGGACAAGAUCACGGAGGUGAAUGGCAUCAGCCUGGAGAGCAUCACCAUGGGCAGCGCAGUCAAGGUGCUGACCGGGAACAGUCGCCUGCGCAUGGUGGUGCGGCGGAUGGGGCGGGUGCCGGGCAUCAAGUUUUCCAAGGAGAAGACCACCUGGGUCGAUGUGGUGAACCAGCGGCUGGUGGUGGAGAAAUGCAGCUCGAGCCCAUCAGAGAGCGGAUCAGAGGAGGGUGUCCGGCGGAUUGUCCACCUCUACACCACCUCGGAUGACUACUGCCUAGGCUUCAACAUUCGCGGCGGGAAGGAGUUUGGCCUUGGUAUCUAUGUGUCCAAGGUGGACCGAGGCGGAUUAGCAGAAGAAAAUGGCAUCAAAGUGGGAGACCAGGUCUUGGCGGCCAAUGGGGUCGUGUUUGACAGCAUCAGUCACAGCCGGGCCGUGGAGGUCUUGAAGGGGCAGACGCACAUCAUGAUGACUAUCAAGGAGACGGGUCGGUACCCGGCGUACAAAGAGAUGGUGUCGGAGUAUUGCUGGCUCGAUCGAUUGUCCAAUGGCCAACUGCAGCAGCUAUCGCAGACCUCGGAGUCCAGCUCGUCCAUCUCCUCCUUCUCCUCCAGCACCCCCUAUGGCUCCGUCAAUGGCUCCCACACCCUCCCCGCCCUGGGCUCCUGCUUGGACCUGACCUUCACCAACACGGAGGACGUGAGCAUCUCCACUGAGGAGCUCAGGCCCCAGGCCGGAGGCCGGGAGUGGGCCGAGACUGCCAUGCAGACGGACCCCCAGCUCCUUCCGAUGGAGCCUGAAGGGACCUCCCAUGCAGGGGAGCUGACAGAGACCUGGCGUAGCAUCAGGCCCACCGUGUUUCUCAAAGACACCGCCAUCCGGGGGGAACCUGGCCGGUCAUCGGGGUCCCGCCUGAGCUCGGCGUGCUCAGAAAACCCCAAGACUGCAUUGCUGCUGGCGCUCAGUCAGCCUCGCCAGCCCAUUGUGCGCUCCCAAAGCUACCUGACUGUGCAUGAAGAGAAGAAGAAACGGAAGCAGGAGAAGCGGGCAAACCUGGGGGAGAAGGGGGCCCCCCUACGGCGUUCCAAGACUCUGAUGACUCUGUUCUUCAAGGGAGGAUGGGGAGGACGGCAAGAUGGUGAUGGAAAGAGAGAGUCCAGGUCAGCAGAAGGGAGGGAACCCGGGCGAUCCCCAACGCGGCUCGAGAAUGACAAAGGUGGAGCAAUGCACAAGUUUGUCACCUGGAGGCGGAGGCGGGACCGCGACCGGGGGCGGACCUUGCUCUCGCCAAGGCUCUGGGGGGCUUCCGGGCAGUCGUUCAAUGGAGAUGGCCCCCGCCCAGCCUGGGAGAGCCGCCUGCCCCUCAUCGAGGACCUGGCCCGCCGCCUUCUCACGGAAGAUGAGGUCCUGGCUGUCACUCGCCAUUGCACCCGGUACAUCCGGGAGGGCAGCGUGGAGGAUCUAGUGCGGCCACUCCUGGCCAUCCUGGACCGGCCUGAGAAGCUGCUGCUGCUGAGAGACGUCAGGAGUAUAAUCAGCCCCACAGACUUGGGCCGCUUUGACAGCAUGGUGAUGCCCAUGGAACUGGAGGCUUAUGAUGCCCUGAGGGGCCGUGCAGUGAGGUCCCCAGCCCUGAGGCCAGCCCAACCAGACCUGCCGCCCAAGAGACAUCUCAUCACUCCUGUGCCUGAUUACCGAGGUGGCUUCUACCUGCUGCCGGUGAAUGGGUUUGAGGAUGGAGGGGAACGGGAGCUCCAAGAGCAGAUAGUGGGGCUCCGGGUGUCCCCCGCUCCCCGCCGUACCAAGUCCAGCUCCAGGAUCUGCCCUCCCCUCCAGGAUGUGCCAGUUGACGCCAUGGCUGGGCGCAGUGCUUCCCCGGCACCCAGCACUGCCCGCUCCACCCGGCCAAACCGGCAGCUGGCUGAGCCCCUGGGAGCGACCUCGGAGUCCGCCCACCACAGCCACCGCCUCGCCCGCUCCAGGGACCCAUCACCCCGCUCCUGCUCCCGAGACCAGGCUGAACCCAAAAGAAGCCGGGAAAAGGCCCAGGUGGCCCAAACUGUCGGGCGGCACCGGUCCCCAUCCCCCGAGAAAGGCAGGGGCCCCCACCUCCCUGCCGUGAGCAAACCCAGGAAGGCCCGGCCCCAGCUGGCCCAAGUGUUUGUUGGGCCGGGGGCUGGAGGGACCCAGAAUGGGGACGGCGAAGCACAAGAGGAAGAGGAGAAGUAUGAGCUGAAGACUGUCACCCUCUCCAAGCUGAGGCAGUCCCUGGGAAUCAGCAUCUCCGGUGGGAUCGAGUCCAAAGUGCAGCCUAUGGUGAAGAUAGAGAAGAUUUUCCCAGGAGGGGCUGCCUACCUCAGUGGGGUUCUACAGGCGGGCUUUGAACUGGUGGCAGUGGACGGCGAAACCCUGCAGCGGGUCACCCACCAGCGAGCCGUGGAUACCAUCCGCCGUGCCUAUCGCAACAAAGAGCCGUGACGCCAUGGACGUUAGUGGUCAAGGUACCCGGGCAGGCUGGACAGGGCCCGUGCCCCCCUCGACACAGCCCCGGGGCCUGGUCAGCACCCCAAAUAGCAGGGGAGCUGGUCAAGGAGCAGGCAGUGAGAAGGACUGAAGCCAGGACCUGGGCACAGGCCUAAAGCGGUUGUCUGUCUCAUUGAAACUCCCAAGCUGCGUCUUGGGCAGUGUCCGUCUGUACUGUGCUUCUCCAGGCCUGGGCCCGGCCAGACAGGAGGAGAGGGCCCCAAGGAGGUAGCUUUCAUCCAUCCAUUCUUGAACAUAAGGUGAGUUGCCCCUCCCCAUGCUGGCACCCUGAGGGGUCAGGCCUGAUGCUGAGGGACAGGGAAAGUGUUCUUGUGUGCAUCCCCAUUUCCUUCACCUGAACUUGCUCAGAGGCAGAGUGGACUGAUGUCCAGUCAGGAGGCCUGGGUUCUGGUCCUACAUCUGACCCCAAGGUGCUGGGUGACCUCGGGCAAGCCCCUUAACUUCCCCUGCUUGCCUCAAUUUCCUCAUCUUCAAACUGGGGAAGGUAAUACCUGCCUCUACCUCACAGAGAUGUGAGGAUAAAAUGAGAUAAUUAGUGUGAAAGCGCUUUGGAAGAAAUUAGCACUCUACAAAUUUAAACUGUUAAUUAUGAUUGCCCCACAACCCUUCUCCCCAGGUGAUAACCCUCACCUUGUCCCUACUAGGCCACCUGUUUCCUCCUCAGCGUGGCUCCAAAUUGCCUUUGAAGCCUAAUCCUGUUCUCUCAGCACCUCUCCUCUUGCCUGAGUAAGGCAGCUAUUCUAGCACAAGAGCCCAGGGCAAACUUGGGCCCCCAUUUCUGUAGCAGGAAGAGUCCACAGGGGUGAGUAAGACGGAGAAGGAGAAGUACCUGGCUCUUCAGCCCUCCUCCCUCCAUCUCCACCAAGCCUCCUUUUCUUAAAGACCCACAUAUGGGGUGGUUUGGUUUUUUUUCCUUUUUUUUUAAUUUUUCUUUGGGUUUGUACAAGAAAUUUACACAGAGUGAAAAAUAUACAAAUUUAAAAACAAUGCCAUAAACUUGGGGGUGGAGGAAUGAAGAAAGAGGAAGGCAGCAACACAGGUUAGUAACAAACACGAAUAAAUGAGGAUUCUCUGA